GGUUGAGAUUUUGGUCAGGGCUGGCUGAAGUAGAGAAAGGUGAAAGCGUGUGCAGUGAUGCGAGUACGUGCUCGCCAUGGCGUGUCGUCAAGAACUUGUGUGGGCGGUAGUCAAGCACGCAAAGAACAGGCGUUGGGAACGUUCAGAAGCAGUCAACGCUCUCGCGUUUUGUUCGCUCCCGCGAAUAUGGAGCAGACAUCGGGUCGAGGAUCGAGCUGUAGGUUCUAAAAAGAAGAAGCACGUCAACGGGGAUCAUCGAUCAAGCAAGUCAAUAUCUUGAGCUAGAAGAGAGAAGCAUAGGUAGCCCUAGAGCUCGCAAUAUUACUGCGGAGGGUGGUCUUCGAUCGAUCUUCCACGUUGGAAGCUGUGUGGACAUUGAAGCUGAAGCAACACGGUCCCCCAAUGUCAGAGCCCAUAGCCUCGCCUGCUUCCUUUGAGGUACACGCUGAGGCCCUUCAAGUCGUUGUUCUUGCCUGUUGCACAGCAACGCAGACCACAGCCAGGGAGUACUUGGCC